CAAACAGGGAAAAUGGCAGUGGAGGAGGGAGCAGAGUUGCUAGAAGCAAUUGACAGUAAUGCCAGUUACUUGAGAGCAGCCCGGGCAGGGAACCUAGAGAAGGCUUUGGAUUACCUGAAGACUGGGGUCGAAAUCAACAUCUGUAACCAGAAUGGCCUCAACGCCCUCCAUCUGGCCUCUAAAGAGGGCCAUGCCGAGGUGGUCACACAACUCAUCAAGCUGGGAGCCAAUGUGGACGCUGCAACUAAGAAAGGGAACACAGCUCUCCACAUAGCGUCUCUGGCUGGUCAGGUGGAUGUAGUGAAGGAGCUGGUGACCAGCGGAGCUAACAUCAACGCACAAUCUCAGAAUGGCUUCACUCCUCUGUACAUGGCUGCUCAGGAGAAUCAUCAGAAGGUGGUCAGAUACCUGCUGGACCAUGGCUCCACACAGGGCAUCGCUACAGAGGAUGGCUUCACGCCCCUUGCGGUGGCGUUGCAGCAGGGACAUGAACAGGUGGUCUCUCUGCUCCUGGAGAAUGACACUAAAGGAAAGGUCCGGCUCCCGGCGCUCCACAUCGCCGCGCGGAAGGACGACACCAAGGCUGCUGCCCUGCUGCUCCAGAUCGACCACAACGCAGAUGUCGAGUCCAAGAUGAUGGUGAAUAGGACCACAGAGAGUGGCUUUACUCCGCUGCACAUUGCUGCUCACUACGGCAACAUCAACGUGGCAACGCUCCUCCUCAACCGCGGCGCUGCCGUGGACUUCAAGGCCAGGAAUGACAUCACACCGCUGCAUGUGGCUUCUAAGAGAGGGAAUGGCAACAUGGUGAAAGUUCUGCUGGAGAGGGGAGGCACGAUAGACGCCAGGACUAAGGACGGUCUGACCCCUCUCCACUGUGGCGCCAGGAGCGGACAUGAACAGGUGCUGGAGAUGCUGCUAGACAGAGGAGCUCCCAUCCUGUCCAAAACUAAGAACGGUCUGUCUCCCCUCCACAUGGCCACCCAGGGGGACCAUCUGAACUGUGUUCAGCUCCUGCUACACCACGAGGUUCCUGUUGAUGAUGUCACCAACGACUAUCUGACGGCCUUGCAUGUCGCCGCCCACUGCGGACACUACAAGGUCGCCAAGGUCAUUGUGGACAAGAAGGCCAAUCCCAACGCUAAAGCACUGCACGGAGCAUCUAUACAGGCAGUGACCGAGUCGGGUCUCACUCCGAUCCAUGUGGCGGCUUUCAUGGGACACGAUAACAUCGUCACUCAGCUGACGAAUCAUGGAGCUUCUCCAAACACAACUAAUGUGAGGGGAGAGACGGCGCUCCACAUGGCAGCGAGGGCCGGCCAGGCUGGCGUGGUCAAAUACCUGGUUCAGAGUGGAGCCAGAGUGGAGGUCAAGGCCAAGGACAACCAGACCCCGCUCCACAUCUCCAGUCGUCUGGGGAAGCCUGACAUCGUGCUGUAUCUGCUGCAGAAUGGGGCGUGUCCUGACGCCACUACCACCUCUGGCUACACCCUACACCUGGCUGCCAAAGAGGGACACAGAGACGUCUCCUCAGUCCUCCUUGACCAGGGGCUUCUCCAGACAUCACUACCAAGAGGGGCUUCUCCAGACAUCACUACCAAGAAAGGCUUCACUCCCCUCCAUGUUGCAGCUAAGUAUGGGAAGAUGGAAGUGGCCAACCUUCUGCUGCAGAGACACACUGCGCCCGAUGCAGCUGGGAAGAGUGGUCUAACUCCCCUACAUGUAGCUGCUCACUAUGACAACCAGAAAGUGGCUCUGCUGCUGCUGGACCAGGGAGCUUCACCACACGCUGCUGCCAAGAAUGGCUAUACUCCACUCCACAUCGCGGCUAAGAAGAACCAGAUGGAGAUUGCCACGACGCUGCUGGAGUACGGAGCCGACACCAACUCUAUGACACGUCAGGGCAUCACACCGCUGCACCUGGCCUCUCAGGAGGGCAACGUAGACAUCGUUACCCUGCUACUGGCCAGGGAAGCCACCAUCAGCUUGGGCAACAAG